AUGUCAGAUGCGUUCCCCGACGUCACCUCUCGCUUAGAGCGCUUCCAGGAAGCUCAGGAAUCAUUGUAUGGCGACCUCCACUCUAUCACCAAUCCCCAGGAUUGGACUCCACCUCCGCAGUCUGGCGGCCAUCGCGGCCGAUAUCUCUGGACUGACGCUUUCGGUGUGAUCAACUUCAUCACCCUUCACCGUGAGUACGAGAAGGCUCUGGCGUCCUCUGCCUCUGCGCCUGAUGACCGAUACUUGACCCUGGCGCGUCGACUAGUCGAAACAGUUCAUGACGUGCUGGGGCGAACGCGGGAUGGUCAAAGUCGCCUGCCCGGUGCAACAAAUGACAAUCCGAUGGGUGGUGGACUGCGUAUUGGCGAUAGCGCUGGCCAAAGCCAUCCACCCUCGGUUCUUCAUCGGGCGCAUUUGCCCCGGCCGCGGAUGGUGUGGAAAAUGUCGACCGAUCUGACCACAGCACUGGUGGCCUCGGAGGGCAAUCUAGACCCGGUCGAUGGAUUUGUGACAUUUCGGUUGCUGCAGGCGGCGGCGAUGCAGAUGGGCGAGGGCGAGGUACUAGCUAGUGAGAUCGCAGAUUACAAGAAAGUAAUGGAGAGAAAAGGGAAGCAGUUUGUGACGAGUGAUCCGUUGGAUCUGGGGAUGAGCUUGUGGACAGCACAUUGGUUCGCAGAGAAGGAGGACUGGGCAACAAGAUUGUCCGGUCAAUGCUUUGAACAAAUUUAUGAGCUCUUUGAGGUUGACCGCUACCUCGACCGCAGCCACAAAUAUCGCCUGGCUUUUCGGGAAUUCGGGACUUGUAUGGGCAUCAAAUGCAUGUCAGAGCAAUUGUCUGAGAAAGAAAGCGCCGUCGACCUCAAAGUGUAUGCCAACAAUAUCCUGGACUCAUGGAAUAUAUACAUGCAAAGAUCACUCGCAACAAAAGUGACUCCGGAUGAUCUCCGCCCAAUCACGCGGGUGAUGUAUGCAUCGGCACUGCUACCAGGAGCUUUUGCCCGCGGGUACUUAGGACCAGAGCCUUUGGCCAGGCCAGUGAACUAA